UGUUUUCAAUUUUCUGUUAUUCGUCGCUGUCGUUCUCGUCGUCGUGCGUCGGUUUGGUUGUGGCUGUGCUUUUGUUUUAUAAAAAUUCAUCUAUAAAUAAAAAUUAAUUAAUUUAAAAAUUGAAAAUGUUUAAAUUAUUAAAACUUCAAACCCUACGACAAAUUCGUACUUUUUCAAAAGCUCGUGUGGUUAAUAUACGCAAUAAUUUGGACACUUGGAAGUCCAAACUAAAUGAAGCUGGUGUUGGCGACAUUGACUUUAACCUCAAGUGUAUUGUUGCACAUGUAACUAAAAAGAAUUUCAACACUGUCCCCAUAUACGAGGACGUCCAAAUGUCCGAAGACGAGUACAAGGAAUUCGAGCGAUUGGUCGAAUGUCGAAUUGCCCGAAUGCCUCUUCAAUAUAUUCUUGGUGAAUGGGAUUUCAUGGAUAUGACUCUUAAAAUGCAACCGACAGUCUUUAUUCCACGACCCGAAACUGAAGAAUUCGUUCGUUUGCUAUUGGAAAAAUUUGACAAUGAAAAACCAUUCACUUUGCUAGAAGUUGGCUGUGGAUGUGGUGCCAUAUCUUUAGCAAUUCUCCAUCGAAUGAAGAACGCCGAAUGUAUUGCUUUGGAGCGCAGUGCAAUCGCUACUAAGUUGGCAUUGGAAAAUGCAAAAUUACAAAAUCUUGAUCAUAGAUUUUCUGUCUAUCUUCAUACAACAACGAAGGAAUCGCUAGUACCUGAAGAAUUGAAAGAUUCUAAAUUUGAUAUUGUCAUAUCUAAUCCGCCAUAUGUGAAGAAUAGUGAGUUUGCAUUACUCCAGCCAGAAGUUAAAGUGUAUGAAAAUUCAAAUGCCUUGAUUGGAGGUCAAGAUGGUUUGCACGUUGCUAGAAGUGUUUGUGAUGUAGCAAGCAAUCAUUUAGUACCUGGUGGAAAAUUGUGGAUGGAGUUGGGCAGCUCACAUCCACCUCUUGUUCAGACAAUUAUUAAUACCCAAUAUGAGGGUAAAUUGCAGUAUUUAAAUGGAUACAAAGAUCAAUAUAAACAAGAGAGAUUUGUUGAAAUAAUGAAAGUAAAUGAUUUCUCAAGAACAAUUGAAGAAGAUCGACUGCAAUUUACUUAUACAUCAUUUUAAGAUCUUCAUUUCAUUGGCAGAUUUUAUUCAUUUUAAAAUAUUUCACACUUUCAUUUCAAAUAUUCAAUUCACAUCACACGACACCAUGAGACGUUUUUCGUUUGUUUAUCAUCAUUUUUAUCAACAAAUUAUUCCAUUAUUAUUCAUUUUACACAAAAAGUAAAAAAAAGAAAUCUUUACUGUAUCCAGAGUAUGACUGUUCGUUAUUUGUGAAGCAAAAGAAUCGUGUGUGAACACUUUGUGCAAUUUAUAAACAACAUUUUACAUUCCGGAAUUUUGGAAACUGCAACGUUUUUAAGUUAAUUUAAAAAGACACUUUUAAUAUUAUCACAAAAAUUUAUAUUAUUGCAAUAAAACGAAUAUUUUUAAUAAACAUUGAAUAUAACGAUUA